UAAUGAAUGUUAAUUUCGAAUGGAUAUGAAAAAGAAAAAAUGGGAAAUAUUCAUGUUGUUGGUCCAAAUGAAGCAUUAAUCAUAACCGGUGGUUUAGGUUGUUGCCAUUCAAAACAUAAACGUAUGAUAAUUGGUACUUGGUGUUGGAUAUGGUGGUGGAUCAAUAAUGUACAAUUAUUAUCAUUGGAAAUUUUUACAAUCAAAACAAAUUGUCAAAAUGUUCAAACAGUUUAUGGUGUCCCGUUAUGUGUUACAGCUAUUAUACAUUGUCGUAUUACAAAUCGAUUGGAUCGAUUAAAAUUUGCAGCUGAACAAUUUCUUGGUAUGACAAUUAGCCAGAUUCGUUUUAUUCUACGUAAAACAAUAGAAGGUCAUAUUCAUACUAUUCUUGGUACAUUAUCAGUGGAAGAAAUCUGUAAUGAUCAAAUAAAAUUUGCAAAUUUAAUUCGUGAAUUAGCAACCAAAGAUUUGGAUAAUAUGGGCAUCGAUAUUGUUAGUUUAACAAUCAAUAAUAUUUAUGAUAAUGUUGAUUAUCUUGAUUCAUUAGGACGAACACGAAUAGCACAAGUGAAACAAGAUGCUCAAAUAAAAAUUAUCGAAUCCGAACGUGAUAUCAGAAUUAUUGAAACUGAAUGUCAACAACAAACAAUAAAUCAAUCAUUGAUAUCGAAAAUAAAAAUCGAAACAGCCAAACAACAAUAUGAAGUGAAAAAAUUUGAAUAUGAUUGUGAAUUGAAUCGACAAAAAACGGAAACUGAAUUAGCAUAUGAAUUACAAUCGAUAAAAAUUCAACAAAUUCAACGGUUAGAGGAGAAAAAAAUUGAAUUAAUUAAAAAACAAAAAUCAAUUCAAUUAGAACAAUUAGAAAUUGAACGAAUCAAUCAAAAAUUAAUAUCAGAUGUACGAUUACCUGCCGAUAAUGAAUCCGAUCGAAUUCGAAUCGAAGCUAAAGCUGAAAAAAAUGUCCAUUUAAUGUUGGCCAUAGCAGAAAUGGAAAAAAUUCAACAAAUUGGUCUGGCCAAGAUCAAUCGAAAUCAAAAAAUAGAAAUGGCUAAAGCUAAUGAAAUGGCUAUUCGUACAAAUAUAUUAUCCAAUUACAAUGAUGUAGCUAUUUUAUCAAUGAUCAUGUUGACAAUGCCCGAAUUAGCUAAAGAAAUUUGUUGGCCAUUGUCGCGUAUUACGGAAAUAGUCAUUAUAUCAUCAUCAUCAUCAUCAUCAUCAUCGUCUGCAAAAACGACAAUAGAACAAAACAUAUGAACAUUCAUUUGAAUCAAUUUUUUAACACACACACACACACACACACAAUUAUUAUCAUCAAUCAAAUA